AUGGUCGGUGUCAAAGUGAUCGGCAACGACCCGGACUUCCAGCCAGAGCUGGCGGCGGCCGGCUCGAGACUGGCCGUGGUGAAGUUCACAAUGGCCGGAUGCCAUCCCUGUGUCAGGAUCGCUCCAGCCUUUACCAUGCUGAGUAACAAAUAUCCACAGGUAGUGUUCCUUGAGGUGGAUGUCCACGUCUGUCAGGGAACUGCAGCAGCCAAUAACAUAUCGGCCACACCCUCUUUCCUCUUCUUCCGGAACCGGGUGCGAGUGGACCAGUACCAGGGCGCAGAUGCUAACGGCCUGGAAGAAAAGAUUAAACAGCACACAGAGAAUGACCCAGGCAAUAGUGACGACUCGGACAUUCCCAAAGGAUAUAUGGACCUCAUGCCUUUUGUGAACAAAGCGGGCUGCGAGUGUCUGAACGAGAGCGACGACAGCGGCUUCGACAACUGUCUGACAAAAGACGCCUCUUUCCUGGAGUCGGACUGUGACGAGCAGCUGCUGAUCACGAUGGCGUUCAAUCAACCGGUGAAGCUCUUCUCCAUGAAGCUACAGUCCUCAGAGUUUGGCCAGGCUCCGAAGCAGGUGAAACUCUUCAUCAACCUACCGCGCUCCAUGGACUUUGACGACGCGGAGCACAGUGAAGCAACUCAGAGUCUGGAGCUGAGUGAGGAUGACUUCAAGGAGGAUGGACUCAUACCACUACGCUAUGUCAAGUUCCAGAAUGUACAGAGCGUCACGAUGUUUGUAAAGUCAAAUCAGGGAGACGAGGAGACGACCAAAAUCAAUUAUCUGACAUUUAUUGGAACUCCAGUGCAGGCAACCAACAUGAACGACUUCAAACGGGUUGUGGGGAAGAAGGGAGAGAGCCAUUGA